GCUCAGUCAUCCAAAAACGGCCUUUCAAUGGGACAAGUUUGGGGGAGCCGAAGAAAAUGUCGGUCCCACCGCAGUAAAUUACUAAACUAGCUCAGCGCUUUAGAGGGUGGGAAAAAGGCAAAGAAACAGUCUUACUUCUUUUUUUGGUGGGUUUGGGAUUAAUUUCAGCAAGACGUUGUUGGGAAAAGCCUUCACACUCCAUAGAGAAAAAACAGCUUCAUCUUCAGCACUGGUUUUUUUGAGGUGGUAUAUGGAAGAUGUCGAGAAUGGUGGACUGGAUAGCGUGGCAUCGGAGACUUCGGGUGCUUUGUGCUCUGUGUUCAGCUCUUCUUUGUUUUCUGCAGGUUGCUUCUGCUUUCACUGACAACGAUGUCCCAGUGUUCACGGAGGAGCCGCUGUCCGUGGUGCAGAAGCUGGGGGGCAGCGUGACCCUGCGAUGCAGUGCUCGGCCCAGUCAGGCCCAUAUCAGCUGGCGUCUGAAUGGCCGCAAGCUGUUCGCCAAGGGUGACGAGGCAGAGCUGGGCGUGAUGAUGCAGUCGGACACGCUCUACAUCCCCUCCCUCACUAACAACACACUUGGACGAUACCAGUGUGUGGCCAGCACCAGUGCCGGAGCACGAGCCAGCGUGCCUGCUAAUGUCACUGCAGCCAAGCUGCGAGACUUUGAACCUGAUGACCAGCAGGAGAUUGAGGUGGAUGAAGGGAACACAGCAGUGAUCGAGUGUCAUCUACCCGAGAGCCAGCCCCAGGCUCAGGUCCGCUACAGCGUCAAGCAGGAAUGGCUCGAAACAUCUAAAGGGAAUUACCUCAUCAUGCCAUCAGGUAACCUGCAGAUCGCCAACGCCACCCAGGAGGAUGAAGGGCCUUACAAAUGUGCUGCCUACAAUCCAGUAACUCAGGAGAUCAAGACGUCCACCUCUACUGACCGCCUGCGCAUUCGCCGUUCAACAUCUGAGGCAGCGAAGAUCAUCUACCCGCCGGAGUCCCGGUCAAUGACGGUGCGUAAAGGUCAUAGCCUGGUUCUGGAGUGUGUAGCCAGCGGCUCCCCGACUCCUCAGGUCACCUGGGCAAAAGACGGUCGAGAACUAAGCCCUCAAAACAACACUCGCUUCCUACUCAGCAACCUGCUGAUUGAUGCUGUGAGUGAUGUCGACUCGGGCACAUAUGCCUGCCAUGCCCACAACGGCAUGGGCUCUCCUGGCACAGCAACUGUUCUCUAUGAUGUCCAAGUAAUCGAGCCACCUCAGGUGCGCAUAGAGCUGCUACAUCAGGAGCCAGCAUGGGGAGACACAGUAAGGUUUAGCUGUCAAGUUCAAGGAAAUCCAGCACCCAGCGUGGUUUGGCUUCAUAACGCUCAAACAAUCACUCCAUCAUCACGUCAUCGCCUCUCUUCACAUAUGCUGCGUGUCCUCAGCGUGGGCCCACAGGACGAGGGAGUCUACCAAUGCAUGGCCGAGAACUGGGUGGGCGGAGCCCAGGCUGCAACAAAACUCUUAACUUUGCCCGCUGCACCCUUAUGGCCAGGUCGACUGCCCCUCAUUCGCCCGCUGAGCCCUGACCAGGUUUUGCGAGAGCUGCCUCCUGCUCGGCCAGUGGCACCCAGCACAGAGCUUUUCAUUGACUGUUCAGAGAUCCCUGGGAAUGUGUCACCGGCCGAGGCUCCGGUCAUCCUCAGCCAGCCUCGCACAGGCACAGCUGACUACUAUGAGCUCAUCUGGGAGCCUCGUCACGAUGGUGGGGCGCCUGUACUAGAAUAUAUUGUCAAGUACAGAAAGGCUGGUGACUCUCUGAGUGAGUGGACCAUAAAGAACAUAUCUGGUUUAGAGCAGAAGCUGGUCCUGGCCAAACUGCAGCCGGCCAGCUUGUAUGAAGUUGAGAUGGCAGCAAGGAAUUGUGCUGGACUGGGUCAGCCUGCCAUGAUGACUUUCAGGACUGGCAAAGUACGCAAGAAUGUAGGUGGAGCAAUAGAACGACCCAAAACACCUGUGUCUCCGUCACGUCUGUCUCCCCCAGAAGCUCCAGACAGACCAACGGUAACCACAGCAUCAGAGACUUCAGCUUACGUGACAUGGAUUCCCCGAGGGAACCGGGGCUUCCCCAUUCAGUGCUUUCGAGUGGAGUUUAAGAAACUGAGGAAGGACGGAGGAGCCGGAGGCGAGUGGGAGGUAGCGGAAGACAACAUCUCUCCAUCACGCCUCUCUGUUCAAAUCAAAGGCCUGGAGAAAGGGACCUCAUAUAAGUUCCGGGUUUUGGCGGUGAACGUGCUGGGAGCGAGUCCUCCAAGUGCCCCCUCCAAAGCCUACACAGUGAUGGGCAGCAGCCAGAUCAACCCCCGGCCAGUCGACGGACCCUACAUCACCUACUCUGAAGCCAUCAAUGAGACCACCAUUAUCCUUAAGUGGACUUACACACCAGUGAAUAACACCCCCAUCUAUGGCUUCUACAUCUAUUACCGACCCACUGAUAGUGACAAUGACAGUGACUAUAAGAGAGAUGUUGUGGACGGAGAUCGAUACUGGCACGCCAUAACCAGCCUGCAGCCUGAAACAGCGUAUGACAUUAAGAUGCAGUGUUUUAACGAGGGUGGUGUGAGUGAGUUUGGCAACGUGGUCAUCUUAGAAACAAAAGCCCGACCCAAUCAGAAGCACACAACUCCAGAGACUUCAUCCCAAGGGCCAGACUUGGGAGGCCCGGUACCACGCCCCAGCGAUUUACCAUACCUUAUAGUGGGAGUGGUGGUGCUCGGAGCCCUCGUUUUCAUCAUCGUAGCCUUCAUUCCAUUUUGUCUUUGGAGAGCCUGGGCCAAGCAGAAGCAAACAACAGAUAUGUGCUUUCCAGCUGUUUCUGCACCGCUGUCGUCCUGCCAGUACACUAUGGUGCCGAUGCAGGGCAUGGCUUUAGUAGGGCACUGUCCUGUAGAUUCCCACUUGUCCCCAGGGCAUACUAUGUAUGCACCCAAAGGAGAGUACACCAGCAACGGGAAACAUCUCACACACCGCCUUCCUGGAUUACACCAGGAGGAUGCAGAUUGUGAAAUGGAAAAUGGCACAUUUUUGCCUCAAAGGCUUUCCAAUGGACAUGCCCAUGCUUAUCACUACUCUGUGGGUGUUCCAGGUCACGUGGAAGACGAUGGCUGCUGUGAGCCAGAUGACUCUACCAUAGAGCUCCUAAGCCCUGAUCAUCCCGAAAACAUGCAGGAGAACCAUUCCACCCAGUGUUUAGACUUGUCACUGAUACCAUCAUCAGACACUGUUGGCAUGACGACGUCAAUUGAAGAUGAAACACAACAGGACGUUGUCAAGAUCAGCUGUGAAAGCCAGCUAGAGGAGCGAGUAUUACAUGAUGGAUGAAAAAAAAAAAGAAUUUAGGGGACUUAAAACAGAAAAACAACAAAAGACUGAAGAGAGACUGUAUUUAUUUUUGUAUUAAAGAUACUAUAUUUAUAUAUUUAUGCUCAUGUAAAUAGUUUGUUUUUUUGUAUAUAUGGAUUGUUUAUAUGAGAGUAAAGUGUAUUACCGUGUUUGCUUUGUCACCACCAGGAUAAAGGAAGUUCCUUGAUCAACCUGUAUUAGCUGUUUUGCUAUUGGAAAUGUUAACACUAUCAUUCAUGCCUUAUUAUUUAAAAAGAAUCAUUAUGCUGUAAAGAAUGCUUUAAAAUGAAGGUCUUGUCUUAAGAAAUACUGUUUAAAACAUUAUUUAUCAGCAUAUAUGUUUUUCACAGGUUAUUUAGAAAAAAUUCUGUUUCUGCCAAAAAUUUUCACUACAUGGAACAUGAGAAACUCUGUUACUGGUGGUGCUCAGCUUCUUGGUCCAGUGUUCAAUGUUUUGUAGAUAUAUCACUAAAAAUAUGUAUUUCAUCAUUAACAAAGUAUUAACAAAUGUAUGCAAUGUAUAAACACCUUGCCUUCAGUUAUACUGACUACGUGCUUUUAAGACGUGAAUACGAAACCUGGAAUGAACACAACUACCUUCAGAUACUGAUUUUCAGAUGUAUGGAGCCAUAUAUAAGCUUUUACUCCAAUCUCAUUUUGCUUUCCAUUUGUCCAGUUUACUCAAAAUGACUGAUCAAUAAUCACAUAUGACCAUUUUAUAAACAAAAAUAAGCUAAGGAGUUUGUACAUACACGGUGGUGUAUACACAGUACUGUACAAAAGUCAGACAUCACUCUUUAGUUCCUGUUGAAAGGUCAUUUAGUACUUACUUAAUGAAAAGCAUAGGCAAGAAUCUUAUAUUUAGCUCCUUUAAAUCUCCUAAAAUUCUGAAAAUCGUAUUUACAGUUUCCAUUAAACUGUACAAAGAGAAAACACUACUGUAUCAGUAUUAGCCUUCACACAAAGUGCUGAACCAUGAAAAGAAAUGAAGGAAAACCUUUGAAAGUGUACCUGGCUGUUGUGGCUACAUGACAUACAGCAUUAUUGCAUGUAAAUAAAGCGGAAACAACUACA